CCGAAUUAACUUCCACAACCCCCAAAACACAGCUUGACCGUUUCUACUUUGAUUCCUCUUAAUGGUAUUCUAUAUGGGCGGCUGAGCUUGUCCCACUCCUGUCCCCUGAAUGUAGGAGCACUUGCCUUAAAGCUGCUGCUUUUUCUGCCGGCACCCUUACUUUCUUUUGUCCCAAAUUCAUGAACUUGAUUCAAACAAAUAAAUCCUUAAUUUCUUCACUUGAAUAUAAAACACCUUUGGUUUGUGUUUUUAACACUUCUCCCACAAAACCCGUAUCAGCAAAAGCAUUUAUUGACCCCUCCAAGUAACAGUCCUCAGAGAAAAAUUCAAGGAUUUGGGAAAUGGAAGGUGUAAUGAGCCAUGGAAAUGACCUAAAUUUGAAGGCAACUGAACUCAGAUUGGGAUUGCCAGGCACAGAUGAAUCUACCUCUAAGAAUAACAAGCGAACCGCGAAUGAAUUGGUUAAGAACAGCGAAUUAUUAAAUGGAAAGUCCGAUGCCAAAGCCCGAGAUGGUGAAACUGUACCUGCAUCCAAGUCGCAGAUUGUUGGCUGGCCACCGGUGAGGUCCUUCCGAAAAAACGUUGUCCAACCCAAAAAAACAGAAGCUGAAACUGGGAAUUUUGUAAAAGUAAGCAUGGAUGGAGCCCCUUAUCUCAGAAAAAUAGAUCUGAAAAUUUACAAGGGAUAUCAAGAACUCCUCAAGGCUUUGGAAAACAUGUUCAAACUCACUAUAGGGGAGUAUUCAGAAAGGGAAGGCUACAAAGGAUCUGAAUAUGCACCAGCUUAUGAAGAUAAAGAUGGUGAUUUGAUGCUUGUUGGAGAUGUUCCAUGGGACAUGUUCAUGUCAACUUGCAAGAGACUCAGAAUUAUGAAAGGAUCAGAAGCAACUGGCCUAGGUUCUGGUGUAUGAAGCAUCUGUUCAUACUUCAUAUGACAGAAACAAAAAAAUGUUGUCACAGAUUAGGUUUUAAAAGAACCAUAAGUUUGAAAUUUUCUUGUACCAAACAGUUUUCUCAAGGAGACUAGUAAAUUACAGUUUUUCUUGAUACAAUUAUAGCAAGAAACAUUUUGUGUUAA